GAGCAGGGCGGCACAGGAGGAGGCCGGCUGAUGUCACUGAGCUAUGGGCGGCGGCACACUCACCUGCUGCCGCUGCCGGGUUCGGGCUGUGGGCUGCAGGGUGGGGACUGUGCGAUGUAACCGGUCUGACUAGUAGCGUCCUGCCCGGGAAUACAGGUCCCGCUGAGAAGCACACCUCUUCUAUUCGGUCAUGGCGACGGGGGACAAAGUCGCCAUCCUGUCGGAGGACGAGGAGGAACAGAAAAGGAAGUACGUUCUUGCCGAUCCUUUCAAUGGGGUCACCACAGAGAGUAACCAAGCCGGACGUGGUGAACCUCCAGGGGCCGCUGACGCCUUAUCUACCACCGAUGAGGACACGGACUGGUUGGAGAAACAUUGCGUUAAAAUUAACAAUGACUUGCUCAUUUCUAAAGUGUUCUACUUUUUUUUUUACUCUGCGUACGGUUCCCUCUAUCCUCUACUACCGGUCUACUACAAACAGCUGGGAAUGUCUCCCACCCAAAGUGGCAUGUUAGUGGGCAUUAGAUAUUUCAUUGAAUUCUGCAGUGCCCCUUUCUGGGGUGUAAUAGCCGAUCGUUUUAGAAAAGGGAAGAUGGUUUUACUGUUCUCCCUUCUGUGCUGGGUUUCCUUCAACUUGGGGAUAGGUUUUGUGAAACCAGCAGCGUUACUAUGUGUGCCUAGCAAUCCUGUUCCCGUCAUGCCCACUAACUCUAGCUUGGUUCUUACCACAGCUCUGCCCGUUACACCAACAGCAACGCUGACUACCAAAGAGAACGCCACCACUACGAAAAGCAGGAGGAGGAGGGAUUUAUAUGGGGAUCACCUCACGUGGGAAGCCAAUUUGGCUUCCGGUUCUGAAAUGUUUUACAAAGAAGCUUCCAUCCCUUUGCAGCGGAAGGCGCGGGAAGCGGCAAACGUCAGCGACGUACCGGCAGACGCGGUUCCUGAUAACGGAAAUACGUCUACUCUUCCCACCACGACCGUUGUUACUACCACAACCGUAUCUCCCAAAACGGUGUUGCAGUAUGACAAGGAAGAUGUGGAAACGAUAUUCCUGUUGAUUUUGCUGGUGGUCAUCAUCGGGGAGUUCUUCAGUGCUCCAGCCGUUACCAUCGUGGACACGGUGACGCUUCAGUAUUUGGGCAAACACCGGGACCGCUAUGGGUUGCAGAGGAUGUGGGGGUCGCUGGGUUGGGGAGUUGCGAUGUUAUGUGUGGGCAUAGGAAUAGAUCACACCCACAUCAGCGUCGUCAUCGAAGGCCUCGGUUGCCCUCCUCUCGAGUAUAAAAAUUACCGGAUUGCUUUUAUUGUUUUCGGUGUCCUGAUGUCGGUGGCGCUGAUUGUCUCCACCCAGUUCCGCUUUCACUAUCACCAUUUAAAACCAAACGAAGACCGAAGGGAAGACCUGGUGAUCUCUCCUGUGGAAGUGAACUCCCAUCCGGUCUCUCCCGGGCAGAACCCAAGCGAGGGACGGGGGCUGGAGGACACGGAACAACAAUUUAGAUUUUGGGAUCUGGUGAAGAUUAUUUGCACCGUACAGUACGGCUCUGUCCUCUUUGUUGCCUGGUUCAUGGGCUUUGGCUACGGAUAUGUUUUUACCUUCCUUUUCUGGCACUUGGAGGACCUCAAUGGAACCACUACGUUGUUCGGCGUCUGCUCCAUCCUGAGUCAUAUAUCUGAGCUGACUGCUUAUUUCUUCAGCCACAAGUUGAUUGAGCUGGUGGGUCACAUCAGGGUCCUGUACAUUGGCCUUGCCUGUAACACUGCUCGUUAUCUAUAUAUUUCCUACAUGGAAAACGCCUGGACGGUCCUGCCGAUGGAAGUACUGCAGGGGGUGACCCAUGCAGCCAUAUGGGCGGCGUGCAUCUCGUAUCUCAGUGCCGCGGUUCCGCCAUCCUUACGUACUUCGGCGCAGGGCAUCCUGCAGGGCCUCCAUCUGGGGCUUGGUAGAGGCUGUGGAGCCAUGAUUGGCGGCGUCUUGGUCAACUUCUUUGGUGCUGCGGAAACAUUCAGAGGUAUCGGCAUGGCAUCUCUGGUCAUCCUCCUUCUCUUUGCCCUGAUUCAGUGGGUGGCCGUGUCUCACAAGAAAGAAGAUGAAUCCAUGCUGGCAGAGAGAAUCCCUGUUCCCUCCAGCCCCGUUCCCAUAGCCACUAUCGACCUGGUACCGCAGCACUCUGAGAACAUCAUGCCUUCUACUCCAGCCAAGUUUCCACCGAAGAAGACCAAACAUCAGGAGGAGCAGGAGGAUGUCAACCGGCCCGCUUGGGGGAUAACCUCCUCGCCUUGGGUCUCUCUCGCUUACGUCUUUUAUCAAGUCAAGGAAAUGUUGUCUGUUUCCAACACCAGCCAGCUCUCCGAGAGCCAGCCCUUGCAGGAAAAUAAUGAAAGUAGCAAUGCAUUAAAGAGCGAAGGAGAGACUGCGCAAACAGCUGGGGUAACGCCUGAUAUUCAGGAGCACAGCGGUCCUACAGAUCUCAGUCCGAGCGACCCAACCCAGCCAGCGGACGUUGUCCUCUCAGAGGAGAAUUCACUGCGCUCCUCCUCUCCACCAGAAGAUACGGGGCAAUAGCUCAGUUGCUGGAAACCUGGUCCUACACUGGAAAAUGCCUGACAUCAGAGGGAUUUUAUGUUUUCAUUCACACAUCUUGUUUUAUAUACAGCUGUUUUUAAGUAGCAUGUAGAAUUUUUUGCUUUUGGCAUCUGUAAAUCUGAAGAUACAUUUCCAAAAAGAAUAGUUUCAAGAUGGAAGACAAAGCGGCUGAGCCCGGUGAACCAACAUUACACCAUCAACAUCUAUUGGGAACUGUACAGUUCUGAGGCCGUCUCUUUAUCUUUGUGUAUAUAUACUUCCUGCAUAGGUCAUAUACAGUGCGGUUACAGCUGAGUGAUCUAGAUACGUUUGAUUACACAAUAUACGAACACUCGUACUUUAUCUGGUACUCAGAUAUGCACCUUUUACCUUCAAUAUCAUUUUCAUUGAGAGAAAGUUUGAGUUUGGUGCCUUUUCUAUAGUUUUGGGUUCAAUACUUUGCAGAAGCUUUAACUACAAGCCUAGUCGGGGAAGUGUAUGUAGCGUAUACUUCAGCAGACAUUGCCACUGGUCCAAUAAUACUAUAGAUAGUUUCUAUAUGUGUCCUAUUUAUAUUGUGUUCUUACAGGAUGGAGGAAAUAUGCUUUUAAACACUGUAUAUGUCUUUCGGGCUUCGUGGAAAUGUGAACUAAACAAAUGAAUGAAGGAAACAUACCCCCCUUCCCCCCUCCUCCCCAAACUCCUCAUAGCUAGUAAUGUAAAUUGCCAAGAUCAAUUCAAAACCUGGUCUGCGAGCAAAAGUACCAGUCCCUCACUUGAAGGUGCCGUGAGGUGGGGCGAGUGUGGGUGCCUCUGCCGGCGUUUACACGAUGACGCAGCGUCAACUAACAAGCCUCCCUUCCCCGCAAGCUGCUUACACCUAAUUGGAUGCCCCCCAUUCUUUGUUAAAACGUCGAGGUGAUGCAUUGUAUCAUCUAGGCCCUGAAUGUGUCUUCGUGACUUUAGGUAGCUAAAGUUUUCCCAACAUUCUAAAAAAGCAUACUCUUAUAAUUCACAGAGAGGUCUAUUUACUAAUACCCCUUUUCCACUAGCUCAAAAAACACGGGUAAAUGCACGGGGGGCGCGCAUUUACCCGUGUUUUUUGCAAGUGGAAAAGGGUCCCCCCGCAAAAUCCUGGAUCAAGUGACCCGUGAAUCCUACCCGGGUAAAUACCGGAGUAGGACACAGAAUGUUCCGGGUAGGGUUGUAGUGUAAACAAACGGAAGCCGUGUCGAUGCGACACGGCUCCCGUUUACACUGUAUGGAAGGGCGGCGCU